ACAGCAAUUGGAAAACAGCUGUUGAUUGUUUUGGUUAAAAAAAAGAAUUGCGCAAAAUUUUUGGGCAUGUGGAGAAAAAUAUUAUUUAAUGCACAAAAUGUGCUCAAAAAGCAACAACAAUUUAAGAGUCAAACUGUUCGCCAUUUGGCAGCAAAGGCGGCCGCGCCAAAGCUGAUGCAACUGGAGCAGCUACACAUCGAGGAGGCCAUCAAGUUGGAGCCCGCUUUAGCCAUUUACACGCCCGAGAAUUGGCAGCGUGCACACGAAACAUUUCAGAAUCAUGGUCUGGAGACCGUUAGCUUUCUGCGCAUCGUUACGGGCAAUCCAACCGUACUGAAACGCACACCGGAGCGCCUAAUUAAUAGCCUAGAGAUUUGGCGCGCCUGUCAGUUUGGCGAGCACCUGUUGCAUCUCCUGCUGACCAAAUACCCCGAGCUGCUGGACGUUAGCGAUGCCCAUCAGCUGCUCUCACUGAGCGCCUAUCUGAAGAGUCGACUGACAAACAAUAAGAACGUGUGGAAGCUGCUAAUGAAUAGUCCGGAUUUGCUGGUGCAAUCGGAAAAAACCAUUGAGCAGAAGUUAAACUAUAUGUUCGAUAUAAUGCGCAUCGAAGUGCCUGAAAUAGUUAAAUCCGCGGCGCUGUCGCUGCCCUUCGAGGAGCUACGCUGUCGCCACACAUUUCUGCUGCGCUUGGGCCUCUUUAAGCCACGUGCACUCAAGGCGGAUCCCAAUGAGCCGACGACAAACAAUCGACUAUAUCAGAUAACGGAUACAUCUGAGAAAUCCUUCGCUACCAAAAUAUGCCAUGUCACGCUGCCAGAAUAUGAGGCAUUCCAAGAACUAUUCGCCCGCGAGUUAGAGCGCAAGUCCCGGAAAGCCAAAGAUGAAGAUGAGUUUAGUGAUGAAGAAGAUGCUUAGAUUUCUAGUUACUACAUUAUAUAUUAUACAGUAAUUAAAUUAA